CAAUGUUGAAAAUCAUCGAUACGACGUUUGGUAGAUCUGUCAGAAUUCUGAAUAGGUUGAUGCCAUCAAAGUUUCGGCGCAUCCAUUGAAUGUGGCCUAUCUCAGCCGUAGUGCUACUAUAGUCGCCAUAACAAGCCGUAAAGAGCAGCCAUGUCUAAUUAUAGCUCAAAUUACAGCCACCGUUCAGUUUCACUAACAGUAAGCUUACCAGGAACGCACGAUGACGCUCCUUAAAGAAAGGGGGCCAUGAGACAAGCUAUAAGAGCAAGGCUCUGAAUGAUUUUAUACAAAUAGAGCCGAGCUACUCCAUUGACUUCGAUGAUAUCUCUAUAUUAAUUAGCCAUUCAUUAUAAGUCAACAACAUUUCAUUCCAUCCUCUUUAUUCCCUACGUAUCAUAGGUACAAAAUGUCUUUCAAGAGCUUCAUCGGUGUUUCUCUCCUCGUGGGUGGAUCUUUCGCUAGGGACGUUCCGUCAAAUAUUCGAAACUUCUACAAUAACAUCAAGAACAACGGCCGGUGCAACUCUCCUUUGGCAAGCGGAUUCUACAGCCAAUACGACGAUGACAACUCUUUUUCGUAUUGCGGGGACCAUCUUGAAGAUUCUGGGGUUAUCUUCAUCCAAGGAAGUAAUGGCCAAUUCGCCAACAUGGACAUCGACUGCGACGGUACUCAAGGCGGCCCGGCCGAUGACGGCCGUUGCGGAAACUCCGACGACACUCAAUCGAUCACAUCCUUCGCCGAUACCGUGAGAGGAUACGGCAAAGGUGUCGACGACUUGGAUGCUAAGAUCCACCCUUACGUCGUUUUCGGAAAUGUCGGCGACAAGCCCGGCUUCACGUCCUUCGACCCUCAGGCGCACGGCAUCGAGCCGUUGAGCAUCAUGGCCGUCGUAUGCGGCGAUAAACUAAUCUACGGAGUCUGGGGUGACGAGAACGGCGACGACGGCGAGAAGUCCGUCGUGGGAGAGGCGUCGAUCUCCCUCGCCACCGCUUGCUUCGGAAAGAGCAUGACUGGAAACAACGGCCACGACGAGAACGACGUUUUGUAUAUCGCAUUCACUGGCGGCGAUGCAGUUCCUGGUCGGAACGGCGCGAGAUGGGAGGCGCGGAGCUACAAGGAGUUCGAGUCCAGCAUUAAGGGCCUUGGCGACCGACUCAUCCAGCGCAUCCAGGCUUGAGCGGCAAGGCAAGGCAAGGUUUGCCUGCCUAGGACGGCUUGGACUUGACGCAGUCUACUUGAUAUAUCACUUUGUUUCAAUGCAUUAUUCAUAUUCGUACCUAAUAUAACUUUCUCUUCCGAGUUAUAGUAAUUGGCCUAAAUCACCUGGUC